ACGCUUGACGGCUCUGACGCCAUCACGCACAACGUGUAGCCCUGAAGCAACAUGGCUUUGAAUGGAGAGUUUUGAGUUGGUGAGAAGUAGCAAAUGGAAAUGGAAGGUUCUCAUCAGAUGUUCUGUGAUAUGGAGUCAUUGUUGGCCUGUGUUGGUUCACAGUGCAUUUUCUGCACAGGAAAAGAACUAGCCAACAUAAGUCAUCUUAGUAAAAAGCAUCUUAAGGAUGCUGUUUAUUUUAAUAUAAACAAUGAAGAGAAAUUUGUGGUGGCAUGCUUCUGCAAAGACAGCAAAUGGACCUCAAGAAGCCAUUACCACUGCCCACACUGCAAAUUCAGAGCCUUUACGCGCUCAGCAGUGUUCAAAAAACACUUAAAGUCAAAACAUGGCAUUCAAUCACACAUGAGACGAGAAAAGGCAAGCAUGAUAUACAAAAAAGUUGAGAACAGUACAGGGGAGUCCAAAGAUGAACAAAUGGGAGUCCUCAAAGAACUGCAGAGCUGGGAGGGUGACGAGGACUUUGAGUGGGAGCCUCCGUCAGAGGCAGAGAUGAAGGUGAUCCAGGCUCGCAGGGAGCGACAAGACAAAAUCAGUAAGCUGAUGGGAGAUUACCUGCUGAAGGGAUACAAGAUGCUGGGAGACUGCUGCGAUGUGUGUGGGACUAUCCUCCUUCAGGACAGACAGCAGAAAAAAUACUGUGUCUCAUGUCAGGAGCUGGACUCUGAUAUUGACAAGGACAACCCUGCUCUGAAUGCCCAGGCUGCGUUGUCCCAGGUGAGAGAGAGGCAGCUUGCCGCCCAGUCCCCUGCACCGUCCCAGACCCCUGAACUCAAUGGUGGUCCUUCCAACGGUCAGCCAAGCGUGUCAGUUCCUCAGCCCAGACCAGAGCACUGUGAGGGGGCUGCUGCAGGUGGAAGAGCCCUUCUGCCUCCGCCUGCCGUCCCUCCUCCUCCAGCUGCUCCCUCCACCACAGCCCUGGCGCCCACUCGUCCCGCCGUUUGUCCACAGAACCCUGCCCUCCGGCCCGUGUUGCAAGAAGCUGAGGAAGCUGUUCUCACCAAACUCCGCUGGGCCACUACCCAGUUGCAGGGCGCAGCCUCCCUGGAGGCGAGUAUCCAGCUCUGCAGCCUCAUCACCAGCUGUGCCAGCUCACUGCGCAGCCUCAAGGAGCUCAGCCAGUAACCACAGCGGACUAGCUGAAACUAUGGGGUGAUGGGAACGCUGGUUCUGCUUGCCUCCGUCUUGGAAUACUGACUCUGGUUCAGCGUCUCUCUUUGUCUGAAUCCUUGCUUAGAGCUGAAUUCAAAAGUGGUCAGAUAAUGCACUUGAAAAACGAUAAAAAUGCAGAAAGUUCGCAGGUUACUCCUGGGUUAAUGUAGUUGAACGGCUGGCAGAAAUACCAUGUUACAUGUUCAUUUCAAUGUUUUUGUCAAUUGUAAUUAGAAAAAUGCAGCAUUUUCAAGCCAUCAGGCCAUUAAGAUUUUAAAUAAGGAUUAAUCUUUUUACCACAAGAAAGCAGUGCUUACAUGCACCCAGAGCUGGUUGGCUUUGGUUUAUCCACACUCCUGGGAAAAACUGUUUUUUUUCCUUCAAUUGGUUGUAUCCCAAAAAGGGCACUGGGUUGCAAUUCUGUAAAUUUUUACAAAAACUAAAGUUCCAGUCUACACAUACCUGUAUAAUGUGUCCUCACAAGAAAAGUCCCUGUGCUGAUAGAUGACAUGGUGCUGAACCAUAAGACGUAAAGUGAAAUUUACAGCAUGUUGGUACGUUGUUAAAUACACCAGACUGCUAAUAUGACCCUGCCUUUACCCACAGACACAGUUGGAUUCUCUAUUUGCUGCUCAGUCUGACUCUCGCAUAGUUGUCUCCGACCUUCUGGUGAAGCAAAGGUUAAUAAUUAUGUGCUGAGGUUAAAUAUAUUUGAUGCGUGACGGUCAUGUGGUUCAGCGAUGAAACUGCGCAGCACUCAGGAGUCAGACUUACAGUUCAUUAAAAGUAAAAACUGUGCAUUGUACAUCAAUAGGCUGCACUUCAUGUUAGAUUAGCCAGCUUCAGUGUUGAUCAAGGGAGGUAAGAGUUUUCUAAUAAUAUGCCAGAAUAAAGCUUUUCCUCUUCGGGA